AUGUUGUUCCUUGGGCUGCUGCUGCUGCUGACGCUGCUGGCUGGCACCCGCCUGCUGUGGAGCCGGUGGAGGCUCAGGAGCCUGCACCUCCCGCCUUUCGCCCCAGGCUUCCUGCACCACCUGCAGCCUAACCUCCCCAUCUAUCUGCUCGGGAUCGCUCAGAAACUAGGGCCCAUCUACAGGCUCCGUUUUGGGCUGCAAGAUGUGGUGGUGCUGAACUCCAAGAGGACUAUUGAGGAGGCGAUGGUCAGAAAAUGGGCAGACUUUGCUGGCCGACCCCAGACACCAUCCUCCAAGCUGGUGUCUCAGCACAACCAGGACCUGUCACUAGGGGACUACUCCCUGCUGUGGAAGGCCCACAAAAAGCUUACCCGUUCGGCUUUGCUGUUGGGCAUCCGAGACUCCACGGAGCCCCUGGUGGAGCAGCUGACUCAAGAGUUCUGUGAGCGUAUGAGAGCCCAGGCUGGCACCCCCAUGGACAUCCAGAAGGAAUUCUCUUUCCUCACCUGCAGCAUCAUCUGUGGCCUCACCUUUGGAGACAAGGUCAAGGACGACACCUUGGUACAUGCUGUUCACAACUGUGUCCAGGACUUGAUGAAGGCCUGGGGUGACUGGUCCAUCCAAAUUUUGGACAUGAUUCCCUUUCUCAGGUUUUUUCCCAGCCCAGGUGUCUGGAAGCUUAAGCGGCUCAUAGGGAACAGGGACAACCUUGUAGAGCAGCAGCUGAAGCGGCACAAGGAGAGCCUGGUGGCAGGCCAGUGGAAGGACAUAACGGACUACAUGCUCCAAGGAGUAGGGCAGCUGAGAGAGAACGAGGGCCCCGGACAGCUCCUUGAAGGGCAUGUGCACAUGUCUGUGGUGGACCUUUUCAUUGGUGGCACUGAGACCACAGCGACCACCCUCUCCUGGGCCGUGGCCUUCUUGCUUCACCAUCCUGAGAUUCAGCGGCGACUACAGGAAGAGCUAGACAGUGAACUGGGCCCUAGUGCUUCAGACUCCCAGGUCACAUACAAGGACCACAGGCGUCUGCCUUUGCUCAAUGCCACCAUUGCUGAGGUGCUGCGCCUGCGGCCUGUGGUGCCCUUGGGCUUGCCUCACCGCACUACUAAGCCCAGCAGCAUCUUUGGCUACGACAUCCCUGAAAACACAGUCAUCAUCCCCAACCUCCAAGGUGCAAAUCUUGAUGAAAUGGUCUGGGAGCGGCCUUACGAAUUCUGGCCUGACCGCUUCCUGGAGCCUGGCAAGAGCCCUAGAGGGCUGUCCUUUGGCUGUGGGGCACGCAUGUGCCUGGGAGAGCCGCUGGCACGCCUGGAGAUUUUCGUGGUGCUGGCCCGCCUGCUUCAUACCUUCACGCUACUGCCGCUUGAGGGCGCCCUACCCUCUCUUCAGCCCCAGCCCUACUACGGUGUCAAUCUCCUGAUGCAGCCCUUCCAGGUGCGGCUUCAGCCCCGGGGUCUGGGGGUCCCAGGCCUGGCCUAGUGCCAGUGAUGGGUAGGACUGGUGCCAGCCACAU